AUGUAUUCGGGCACAAACCACCCUGGCAGGCAGCGUGGGGGAGGCGUUGUCAUCUCUUUGAAGUUAUCCAUCUCAUCUCAAAUUCACAUCGUUUUGCCUCAUUCUAUCAAUAAUGCACUGGAAACCCUUUGUCUCAAGUGUACUAUUGACAGUGAACCAUACUUCAUCUGCGCUAUCUAUCAUCCACCAAAUCAUCCAUCAUACGAAGUCUCCACCUUGAUGGGUUACAUCGAUAAACUCUCUAACACUGCGUUGGGGAGCGAAUCAAAACUCAUCAUUGGGGGUGACUUCAAGCAACUCGACCAUCAUUACAUUCUCCAAACAGGUCUGCACCCUAUAUUCUGGGGUCCCUCCCACCAAGGUCACAACCUUGACAGAAUAUAUGGGAUUAAUGAGUCAGUUGAGGCUGUUAAAUCCUGCAGGAGACUGAAUGAUAUAGCUGAGGAUAUUAGGAAAAUUCAGGAAUCCAACAACUUAAUCAACGCUCAGAUAAAAGAUAUCAUGGUAAUAGAAGGGAGAACGACUAAUUGUGAUCUUGAUGGCAAAAUGAGUCUUCUUCAAGAUAACUCAGAAGGCAAUGACCAGAAUCUCAAUGAUAAUAAACGACAAGAUGAUGGAAGAAUCGUCCGUAUUUUACAGACAACAAUCGAUGAUAAAGUUGAUAAAUCAAGUAUUAUAAAACAUUAUAGACUGGGCAAGAGAUCUGAUAAAAUUAGGCCAUUGUUAGUUCAGCUGAAGUCUAAAGUCUUAAAAAAUUUAGUUAUGGAAAACUUGUCCAAUCUGAAAAAGUUGGAUGAAGAUUUGAAAAGAAUCAGCGUUAGUCAUGACUUGACAAGAGAGCAACGAGCUGAAUGUAAAAAAGCUGAUAGAAACUGCGAAAGAGAAAGAAGCUGCUGA